CAAUUAGCAACUUCGAUACUUUUACUUAACAAUAUUUUACUCAAUUAAUUGGGCUGUCCUACUUGAGUAUCAAAUUGAUUCAAAAAAUUUGUGUAUAUAUAUACCCACACAAAUAUUUUCAGGUCUCCUCAAAAAUCGCAUUUUCAGGUUGUUAGAUGUAGUCUAUCAGGGUCGAUAUUAUACAAUCUUUCGCUAUUACUAUUACUAUGUUCUGAUGGGCUGCUUUCACUCAAAAUCAACACUUCAUUACACACCCGGAUAUGAGGAGCCCACUGUGCUUGCUGCUGAGACACCUUUUACAGUGAGUGAAGUCGAAGCAUUAUAUGAGUUGUUCAAAAGAAUAAGCAGCUGCAUUAUUGAUGAUGGGCUCAUUCAUAAGGAAGAGUUUCAGCUAGCACUCUUCAGGAACCAAAAAAUGGAAAAUCUAUUUGCAGAUAGGAUAUUUGAUCUUUUUGAUAUUAAGCGCAAUGGAGUGAUUGAGUUCGGGGAAUUUGUCCGAUCACUGGGUAUCUUCCACCCAAAUGCGCCAGUAGCUGAUAAAAUGUCAUUUGCAUUCAGAUUAUAUGAUCUUAGGCACACUGGUUAUAUCGAGAGAGAAGAGUUGAAAGAGAUGGUAUUGGCGCUGCUGCAUGAGUCAGACUUGGUUCUUUCAGAUGACGUAGUUGAGAUUAUUGUAGAUGAGACGUUUAGCGAUGCCGAUACAAAGGGUGAUGGGAGGAUAGAUUCAGAAGAGUGGAAGGAAUUUGUUUCAAGAAAUCCGUCUCUUCUAAAGAAUAUGACACUUCCCUAUCUGAUGGAUAUAACUUUAGCAUUCCCCAACUUUGUGGUAAGCUCUGAGGUUGAUGAUUCAGAAAUUUAGACUUGUGCGCGUAAAUACAAGUCUUUGAAGGUUAUGUUAAAUAGCCUCUUCCACACCGGUGUUUGGAUGAUCCAAUUCAAUACAGUGCAAAGGAGUGCCAUAAUCAGAAGAAUAUCAGGUUUUAUAUUGAUUAUUUGAGAUUCACCAAACAAGACUGAGUUCCUAAAGCAAGAGCUAUCCAAUGUGAUAAAAAUUACAGUAUUUAAGGGGCAAAUCAUGGCUUCUCGGAAUGUUCCCAUCUGGUUAGACUUUUUCAUGAUCAGGCUAGGCUGCUUUUUUUAAAAAAAAAUAACAGGGGAUUGUCCAUAUUGUAGUUGGUAUAAGUAAUUCCAGACCCUUCUUUCUUCCUUUUGUAUUCCAGCUUGUAGGCUAGACUUUUGACAGUGGUUGCUGAUUUCUUCUUUGAUCCAAUGAUAUAUCAAUUUGAUUUAA